AUGGCUUCCACCGGCCGAACCAUGUCCAUUGCUAUUGGCGCCGCAGGCGCCGCUGCACUUUGCAGCACUGCCUUUGUGGCACCCACACAGACGAAGAGCCUGCGGGCCAGCCGGGCCGUCGAGGCUGCCUCUGCCCAGUCGGUGGAUAGGAUCACCGGCGCCAGCAGCAGCAGCAGCAGUAGCGCCCUUAGCGUCGGCGUUGGUGCGGCCUCGGCCGCACUUGCGCUCGGCGCCGCGUCCAAGCGCGUAGCCUACAGCGGAUCCUCCCACAGCGUGGUCGCUGUGCGAGCCUUCGAGAGUGAGCUCGGAGUGCAGGAUCCUGUCGGAUUCUGGGAUCCGGUCGGCUUUACCUCCGACGGAGAUGUGUCAUCCUUCAAGAGGCGGCGCUCCGUGGAGUUGAAGCAUGGCAGAAUCUCCAUGAUGGCCACCAUGGGUUAUAUCACCCCUGAGAUCACGGGCAAGCUGCCUGGCUUCUUGUCGCCGUCCGCCGGCUUGAAGUUCGCCGACAUCCCGAAUGGGCUUGCGGCCGUCUCCAAGGUGCCUGUCGCAGGCUGGGCACAGAUUGCCGCGUACUUCGGCUUCGUGGAGUUCAGCGGCGGCUUCGAUGACUACAAGAGCGGCACCCCGGGCGACUACGGCUUCAAGGUUCUGACCUCCUCGGACCCUGCUGAGAAGACGAAAAAGCUCUCUGCCGAGCUUGCAAACGGCCGCCUGGCCAUGAUGGCCAUCAUCGGCAUGUUCUUCCAGGACGGCCUCACCGGCAGCGCCUGGGGAGAUUGGGCGAGCUACACGGCCUCGCCUCUGCGUGCAUUCGAGAGCGAGCUCGGCGUGCAGGCCCCUGUUGGUUUCUUCGACCCCUUCGGACUGACGAAGGAUGGCGACAUGGAGGCCUUCAAGCGCCGCCGUGCUACGGAGCUCAAGAACGGCCGUGUGGCGAUGCUCGCAACCAUGGGAUACAUCACCCCGGAGUACUUCCGCUUCCCAGGAUACUGCUCGCCCUCCGCGGGUCUGAAGUUCACUGACAUCCCGAACGGCCUGGCUGCUUUGAGCAAGGUGCCAGGAGCUGGCUGGACCCAGAUCUUCCUCUUCUUGGGCCUCGUGGAGAAGGGCCUCUACACCUUCGACCCGACCCGUCAGCCGGGAGACUACCAGAACGCCGGUGUCUUGGGCGUGCCGAAUGGCAGCACCAUGACUCCCGGCGAAGGUCGCAACCGCAAGCUCAACUCGGAGCUCGCCAACGGCAGGCUGGCGAUGAUGGCCAUCAUCGGCAUGUUCUUCCAGGAUGGCCUCACGGGCAGCGCCUGGGGUGACUGGGCAGCGUACACGGACUCUCCUUUGCGCGCCUUCGAGAACGAGCUCGGAGUGCAGGCCCCCGUGGGCUACUUCGAUCCUUUGGGCAUGUCCAAGGACGGCGACGAGAAAGUGUUCCGCCGACGCCGCGAGAGCGAGCUGAAGAACGGCCGCGUGGCCAUGUUCGCUGCCAUGGGAUUCAUCACGCCGGAGUACUUCCGCUUCCCUGGCUUCCUCUCGCCGACCAAAGACCUCAAGUUUGCGGACGUCCCGAACGGACUUGCGGCUCUCUCCAAGGUGCCUUUUUUGGGCUGGAUCCAGAUUCUCGUCUUCUGCGGCAUGGUGGACUUCGGCCUCUACAGGGCGGAUCCUUCCCGUGACCCUGGUGACUACGAGAACGCCGGUAUCCUCGGCGUGCCCAACGCCAGUGGCCCCAUGGCAGAUGCCGAGGGCCGCAAGAGGAAGCUGAAUUCCGAGUUGGCGAACGGCCGCCUUGCCAUGAUGGCCAUCACCGGCAUGCUCUUCCAAAACGGAAUCACGGGAACCACCGGCCCUGCAAUGUGGGGAUUUUGA